GAAGAAAACAGCGAGGAAAGAGUGAAGGAAACACUAUCAGGGAUACGAACACAUGGAAGAAGAAACGAAUGAGACUUUUCAUUCUGAUUUGAGCAAUUUUAUGACUGGAGCAAAGAUUCAUUCAUGUGCGUUCAUGGCUCUCUUCGAUUGUACUUUUUAGAGAACUCCGUUUAAUUGCUCAUAUCAGCGAGGUUUCGGCGAGCGACUAUGUCCCAUAGUCUUUUUAGGCGCAUAUCGAUGGAAAACGCGGACGUCGUCGUUUGGGAAUAACUGUGAGCAACAUUUAGAACAAGUAGGCCUAUGCUAUCAGUCGAUAUGGGAAGAACAGAGGCAGCGGGGUGGAAAUUCCUACGGGACUCUCUCCUACUUUGUCUUUUUGCCGGUCACAGUGAGGCCCAGUGUGAUGGCUGUGUGGAGUACUGCUGUGAAGGCUCUCCCCCUUUCUGCUGCUCCUACUACGCCUUUAUGGGAGAUGUCCUCUCGGGCACGGCGAUCUCAGGCAUCGUGUUUGGUGUGGUGUUUCUGAUGGGAGCGCUGGCGGCCUUCUUCCUGUGUGUGUGCAUGUGUGUGAAGAACGGGCGAGGGGCCCAGGUGGACGUGUUCAACACCUCCUACAUCAACACUGUGUCCCAGGGCUACCCAGGACCCCCACCUCCCUACACCUAUGACUAUGAGAUGUACCCUUCGGCCAUGCGCCCCCCUCCCUACACCCCCACCCCACCUAGGACAGACAGCUACUCCCCUCCCCCUCCGUAUCCGGGCUGUAAUCGCAAAUGACUUGAAGACAAAAUGGAGAGUCCUGACCAGGCUACUUGCCUUUCUGAAGGAGCACAUCAUGGAUUAAGCUUAUGCAGUGUAUUAGCAGGGAAAGAUGAGACUGUACGCAUAUCCUUUCGAACCCCUGGGUCACUUAAAAUAACUGCAUGUGGACUGGACCACUUUGACCUUUUCUUGUGGGUGUG